AUGUUUUACAUGCUUAUGAACAAGCUCUUCCAACUGUACUUGGACCAGUUCAUGGUGGUGUACUUGGACGAUAUCGUGGUAUAUAGUAACUGCAUGGAGAAGUAUAUAGACCACUUGAGGAUUGUGUUCAAGAUACUUCGAGAGAACGAGUUGUACGUCAAGAAGGAAAAGUGCACUUUUGCCACUGAGGAAUUACACUUCCUUGGACAUGUAAUCGGUCACGGGAAGCUAUUAAUGGACGGGAACAAAAUCAAGGCCAUAACCGAGUGGGAGCCGCCGACCAAGGUGAGUGAGAUGAGGCCGUUCGAGGUGCAUACCGAUGCAUCUGACUUCGCUAUCGGGGGUGUACUAAUGCAAGAGGGACAUCCGAUAGUAUUUGAGAGCCGCAAGCUGAACGACACCGAGAGACGGUACACGGUGCAAGAGAAUGAGAUGAUGGCCAUCAUCCAUUGCUUGCGGGACUUCCUAGCCGAGUUCGACUACACGUUGGAAUACAAGCCGGGCAAAGCCAACGUUGUAUCCGAUGCCUUAAGUCAAAAGGCGAAGCUCUCCGCAAUCUCUCUAGCUAAGGGAACCGUGUUGGGGCGCAUCAAGGAGGGCCUUGAGCAGGAUCCAAUGACAAGAGAAUUAGUAAAGCUGGCUAACGAUGGCAAAACCCAACGGUUCUGGGUAGAGGAAGGUCUACUCUACACCAAGGGACGGCGAAUCUAUGUCCCAAAGUGGAACAACUUAAGGCGAGAUUUUAUCAAAGAGUGUCACGACACCAAGUAG